CGCAUAUUUUAAAUUGAUUUGAACGGACGUAGCUGUACUCGCGUGUGUUCAUCUAUAACAACAACAACGCGAAGAAAAAUAUACAAGAAAGUUUGUCGGCUAUUGGAAAGGAAUUUGUGAAUAUUUUUGUGACUAACAACACCUUAAAGUAUACAUAGGUGUUGUGUGAAGAAAAACGGAAAAUUUGUGAAGCAAAAACGUAGAAUAUAUACAUUCAUAAGUGAUGUAAAUAAACAAGAAAACAAAUUAAGAAAUUUGGUGUAUAUAUGUGUAAACAAUUUUAGACCAAACUGCACUUUAUAAUUAAUUAAAUACAGAAUUGUGUAUGAACACGCGUCGCUGGAAACAUUUUCAAUUGAAUCUUGAACAGCAUAUUGGAAGUCAAAGUGUGUGCGGCGUGGUAUUCCUUGACGGUCGGUAUUGAGGAAGCGACAUGAGUGAAUACACCAUGGAGACGAGACAUCGAUCUAGGUCGAAAACGCCAUUUCUACGUUCCAGCUGUGAUCACGAGAAUUGUGAUCAUGUUGGCGAUGAGCCACACACUCAUCACCACAAGAAACAAAAAUCAACAUCACAGGCAUCAAAUGUUAGAACAAUCAUCGAAGAGACCGUUGAAGUAACCUCAUCUUCAUCCAUUAUGGGCAGUGGCAAGGAUAGUCCAUCCAAAAUGACACAAACCAAAAUAAAAACAUCGGACUAUUCGAGCGAAGAUAGUCCGGAGAAUAAAACCAAAACCGCCACCAGAGGCAUUACCUCAAUUUCGGCUGGUGGUCAUAACCUACAAACACAGCAACAAAAUCAAAAGUUCACAGAGACCAAAACCACAUCAACUGUGGUAACAAAAACCAAAAAAUCUGGUGGUAGUGUGGCCACUUCAACACCUAAAACUAGUAAUUUUGUUACUAAUUUCGCCUCACAGUACGCCUCGAGAGGUGGCGGCGGUGGUAGUAGCGCCAAGGCAUCUAAAUCUCAAACCGAGUCUCACUAUGAACAGAGAAGUGUUAAGGAACACACACAAAAUGUGCUGAACAGUGAAAAGGAAAUGAGUAAAGGCAAAUCAUAUCUAAGCGGAUUCUUGGGCAAUUCUUUUGGUGCGGAUAAUCUAGAUUCAAGUGAUCAUGUUGCAUACUUGGAAUACAAAAAGGCAGGAGAAUAUUGGAAAACCACACCAAAAACGGAUUACACCUAUUCGGAAUUAUCACCGCACCGUCGUGAGUUGGCCCCCGGUAUUGUAGCCAUGCCCAAUAUGUCCCGCAAAUCAUUAGAAAAUCAUCAUGAACGUAUCAAUUACAUGGUUGAACGAGAUCCCGCCCAAGAAGAAUACAUUCGUCGUCGCUACGAAGCGUCCAAAUUUACUCAAAAUAGAAGAGCGGCGGAAAAUCUCUCCUACGAGUCGGGGGAUGAAGUCGACUAUGCAUAUCGUAGAGCGACAAAUGUUUAUAACAAUCGUUAUGAUGGUCAGCAGCAAAGCGAUUCAUGGCUUAUGCGUUUCAUUACGACAAUUGUAACAACCGUGACUUCCACUUGGUCCUCAAUGACGGGUUCCAAUAGUGAUCAGAAUGGCGGAGUGGGCCGAUAUACUUCAUACAGCAGUAGUAUGUAUCAUACAAAAGUGGCAGAGCAAGAUAGAGGCUUUUUUGGUUCCAUGUUUCAUGGCAUCGCUUCAGGAUUUGCUUACCUUGUACGCAACCUGUAUUUGUUUAUCUCAUCGGUACUGUGUUUGGACACAUGGUUAUUACAGUCAUCGAAUGCCGACAAUAAGAGCAAAAAACGCUUUUUGUUGUUCCUAUUGAUGUUGUUGCCAUUGCUUUUGUUAGCCGGCACUUACUAUUAUCUCCAUCCUAAUGAACCUUUUCCCCCAAAAUCAUUUUCUGAAUAUACCCUGACCCUACCCGAAUUGCCUAAAAUCGAUAUGUCCGAAUAUAUAAAUCAGGCCAAAUACGAAGAGUAUAAGGCCGAAGCUUUUAAUCGCCUAGAAAAUGUACGCGACUGGUCUAAUGAUUAUUUUCUCUAUUUGAAAACCGUCUCACAAAAUGUCAUCGAUGAGGGUCGUAAAUUAUUUCAGCGCGAAGAGUAUUAUGAACGUGUUUAAUGAGGAAUUAUUUCAAUUGAUAUGGAAAUUCAUAUUACAAAUUCUCUAUGAUAUAAUCAACAACAUAAUAGCAAACUGAUGAUACGUGAAGACAUUUAAGUUUAAUUUAGUUUUGUUUACAUAAAUUUAAUUUGUUUUUUUGUUUUUGUUUAAUUUUUUUAGUUUAUUUUGUUUAGUUUUGUUUUGUUUUUCUUUAAUUUAUUUGGUUUUAAAGGGACAAAAACUCGCAACAAAUUGACUUAAUUGAGGAUUGAGGAUUUACUUCUAGCCCUUUCUUCAUUUUUUCAUAUACAAGAAUUCAAUUUGGAGCCUAUUUUGUAUAAAACUUCGAAAGGUCGAAGUUAUGAUACAAGUUUUAUACAAAUUUCGAAUUUAUGGUAAGCUACAUAAAAUUUGGGUUAGUCGUAUGCAGUCUUGCAUCUAGUCUGAUUAAUUUUUAUACCCACCACCGAAGGAUGGGGUUAUAUUCAUUUUGUCAUUCCGUUUGCAACACAUCGAAAUAUCCAUUUCCGACCCUAUAAAGUAUAUAUAUAUAUAUAUUCUUGAUCAGCGUAAAAAUCUAAGACGAUCUAGACGCGUCCGUCCGUCUGUCCGUUGAAAUCACGCUACAGUCUUCAAAAAUAGAGAUAUUGAGCUGAAACUUUGCACAGGUUCUUUUUUUGAUCCAUAAGCAGGUUAAGUUCGAAGAUGGGCUAUAUCGGACUAUAUCUUGAUAUAGCCCCCAUAUAGACCGAUCCGCCGAUUUAGGGUCUUAGGUCCAUAAAAACCACAUUUGUUAUCCGAUUUUGCUGAAAUUUGGGACAGUGAGUUGUGCUAGGCCCUUCGACAUCCUUCGUCAAUUUGGCUCAGAUCGGUCCAGAUUUGGAUGUAGCUGCCAUAUAGACCGAUCCUCUUUUUUAGGGUCUUAGGCCCAUAAAAGCCACAUUUAUUAACCGAUUUUGCUGAAAUUUGGGACAGUGAGUUGUGUUAGACCCACCGACAUCCUUCGUCAAUUUGGCUCAGAUCGGUUCAGAUUUGGAUAUAGCCGCCAUAUAGACCGGAUCGCCGAUUUAGGGUCUUAGGCCCAUAAAAGCCAUAUUUAUUAUCCGAUUUUACUGAAAUUUAAGACAGUGAGUUCUCUUAGGCCUUUUGAAGUCCUUCGUCAAUUUGGCACAGAUCGGUUCAGAUUUGGAUAUAGCUGUCAUAUAGACCGAUUCACCGAUUUAGGGUCUUAGGCCCAUAAAAGCCACAUUUAUUAUCCGAUUUUGCUGAAAUUUAGGACAGUGAGUUGCCCUAGGUCCUUCGACAUCCUUCGUCAAUUUGGCACAGAUCGGUCCAGAUUUGGAUAUCGCUGCCAUAUAGACCGAUCUCUCGAUUGAAGGUUUUGGGCCCAUAAAAGGCUCAUUUAUCGUCCGAUGUCGCCGUGAUUUAGGGCAGUGAGUUGAGUUAAGCCCGUCGACAUACUUCUGCAUUAUGGCACAGAUUGGUCCAGAUUAGGAUAUAGCUGCCAUAUAGGCCGAUCUAUCGGUUUUUGGUUUUGGGGCCAUAAAAAGCGCUUUUAUUUUCCGAUGUCGUCGCAAUUUAGGACAGCGAGUUGUGUUAGGCCCUUCAACAUCCUUCUUCAAUUUCACUCAGAUCGGUCCAUAUUUGGAUAUAGCUGCCAUAUAGACCGAACUCUCGAUUCAAUGUUUUGGACCCAUAAAAGGCACAUUUAUUUUCCGAUGUUGCAGAAAUUUGGGUCAGAGAAUUAAGUUAAUCCCCUCCACAUAUAUCUGCAAUUUGGUCUAGAUCGAUCAAGAUUUGCAUAUCGCUGCCAUAUAGACUGAUAUCUCGAUUUAAAGUCUUGUCCCCAAAAAGGAGCAUUUAUAAUCCGAUUUAACUAAAAUUUGACACAUUGACUUAUGUUAGGCUUUUCGACAUCCAUGUUGUAUAUGGUUCAGAUCGGUUUAGUUUUGUGGCUAUAUCUCCACUAAAAACACCAAUAUUUUGUUAUACACAAUUGAACAGUGAUUUAUACUUAUUAGUAUUUGGUAUUUGGUCAAAUCGGAUCAUAUUUCAAUAUAAUUGCUGUUGGGCAUAAGGUAUGCAAUUUUCGCCGGAUUUUGAUGAAUGGUGGUUUACAUAUAUACCCGAGGUGGUGGGUUUCCAAAGUUCGGCCCGGCCGAACUUAACGCCUUUUUACUUGCUUUUGGUUAAAAGUACAGCACUACUGCAUUCUUUCAGAUUCUUUCUAUUUUCAUUAAUUUUUUGUGAAUAUUUUAAUGACGUAUUUGUCCGUAAGGGUAUUGUUGCCACUGACCUUUAAUUAUUUUUUAACCUUUUCGGUUACAGCUAACAUUAAGCCGACAAAAUAAUCAUUAAGCUUGACACUUUUACUGUAUUUGUUUAUUGUCUGCAUUUUUCACGCAUUAGCUCUGAUGCAUAAAAAAACCUUUGGUUUGAUUAAGUCACGCAAGAUUGAGCCUAUUAUUAAAAUCUUAAAUGAGCCAUGAAGUAAUUUUUAUAAAAUGAUUAACAAAUUGGACUAAAAACAUGCCUCCAAUUCGAAUUCCGAGGUAAAUACUUAAAUGACGAGUUUUUAACAUGGCAAAAAGCCAGCUGAAUCUACCUUGGCAAAACAAAAAAAUUCUAUUCAGUGAGUCUACAUUCAAGCGCACGCUCAAUUCAAGUUUUAAAUACAAAGUGCAAUAUUAUAUAUUUAUAAAAUAUAUACUUAAGCUUCUGAGCAAUAAAUGUCAAAAACUUCACUUCAACAACAACUAAUAAUCGGUUUGUUGUUGGUCUUUUUAUUACAAAUAUGUAUAAAAAUGCAAAAUUUAAUUAUGUCCCCUGCAGUCUUCUACUUUCCACAGGUGAUUUAUCAUUGUUCGGUUCAUGAAAGUUCCACUGUGUGUUUGUCGAGAGAAGAUCUUCCUAGUGCCAAAAAUAUUGGGAAAAUAAUGCAAAUAAAGCCCGAUUCAAGUUUAACCACCAUGAUGAUUUUUUGGAUCAUUAUUAAAAGCAGUGGGCAGGUUUGGAUAUUAAGAAACCGUUUGUAAAAGAAAGAUUUUCGCUUACCUGUUUUAAGCUUCUUUUUAUUUUGGUUGUUUCAUUUUAUUGUUGGAUUUAUUUGUCCAGCUGAAACCAAUAGGCUUUGAUUUUAGCUUUAGCUGAAUGAAUGGAAUUUACCAUCGUUUAAUUUCGAUGUUUGGUUCGCUCCUGUAGGUGAGCAAGCUCGUUCCGUUUUAAAGGGCCGAUCGCCGUGGGAACAGCGUGGCCAUUGGUUUUUUAAAGGCGCCAAUAACUCGCCUUGUCAUAUCGAGCAUCAUAGGCAAUUCAGUAUUUGUGCAAGAGCCGGUGCCGCCUGGCCUCUCACUGAGACUCUCCGCCCGAUACCGCUGAUUGUCCGCGACUGCGGUUGCAGCUACUCCGUAUGGAGCAUUUCUCUAUACGCAAGCUGUGGAGGCGCCCGGUAGCUUUCAGCUAAGCUUCUCGUGACAACACAGUUUGGAUUGAUUGGAACAGAGUUCCCAUAAGAGCUACUCCGUAUGGACCAUUUCACUAUCUCCAACCUGUGGACGCGCCCGGUAGCUUGCAGCUAAGCUUCUCGUGACAGCAAUGAACACAACACAGAUUGGAUUGAUUGGAACAGAGUUCCCAGACUAUGCCGCUGACUACAGAGUCUCGCAAUGCCGUUAGGUUUCCUAAUCUUCCCCUCGAUUAUACCGCGAUGGUAUGAACUGCUCCCAUCUUCUAUGCACUCUCAUAUCCCCUUAAGUCUCAUAGCUUAGGUGUUUGUCUCAUACUAAAUAAAUUGAUGUUGUAGUGGUUACAGCAACAAUUGUCGGCGUUAACUAUUCUGAAUAGAAUUUUCAAACAGCCAUUAUUAGGAACUCUGUGCUUUUUACAUCAGAUACCAAUAACUGGUGCGUCAUUUCCUUUGGGAAUGCUGGACAUUGAAAUAAAAAGAUCUACAAUCUAGGUGCGCUUGUAAUCCCAUAUGACCAGUGUAGACAUCGAAGGCCGCACUGUUUUUUCUUCUACAUUAACUCAGUAUUCACCUCGUAUUAUCCAGAUUUUUUCUUUUCGUUCUAAUCGAGACUGCCAAUUCGUUGUUUAAAGCCGUUUUCAAACCGCUCUCAGACUACGGCUAAAUACCCCAACUUUGGGUCGGAGUCGGGGUCAGAUUCCGCAGCACUAAUACCAAUGUGUGUAAUGCGUUUUCUUCGCCCAUGACUGUAAUUAAGUUCGAGAUGCCACGAAGAGUUUCGCAUUUUCCAAGUUUAUCGUCGGCAAAUCUCUGACCCUUACUGCCAGCUUGUCCUCUCUUUCAUUUCGCAUCUGCUACCUACCGUGUCUGCAUGCAUGUUGUCCUGACCCUCUUGAUAUGCCGCUUGACCUAGAGAUUCUCUAUUGUAGCACUGAAUCUCUCGCUAUAUUUCAUAAGAUCUCUACCUUGAGGAUUCUGGGCGAUGGAUACAUAUCCACAAGAUGAUGAUUUGUAUGGUUCCUGCUGUAACAGCCCAGAAGUUAUUGCUUAAGCAGUAUGUAUUGUAGAUAUGUCUUUGCACGGGCAGGAUCUCGAAAUUUAUCCUGAUGCAGCGACAUUUCGCUACUAUUUUGCUCAUAGAACGCAGUACCACUUGUACGGAAUGUGUUCGCAUUAUCGUCGUCACCAUUUUUUAUAGUGCUUUUUGAUAGUUGAUCGUGUGAAAAGCCAAAGUCAGUACUAGGCUUUACUUAUCAUUGACAGGCCAUUGCAUGCGAUGUCAACUAGGUUUCCUAGUUAGCACCCCAAGUGCUGCCGGCUUGAAGACCAUGUUGUAACACAACAACACACUGUUACAACAACAACACACUGUUACAACAACAACACACUGUUACAACAACAACACACUGUUACAACAACAACACACUGUUACAUCAACCACACACUGUUACAUCAACAACACACUGUUACAACAACAACACUGUUUCUACAACAACAACACUGUUUUUACAACAACAACACUGUUUCGAUAGCAACAACACUGUUUCUACAACAACAACAACACUGUUUCUACAACAACAAUGUUACUACGACUACAACAACACUGUAACUUACUACAACAACAACAUUGUUACUACUACAAAAACAUUGUUACUACUACAACAACACUGUUACUACUACAACAACACUGUUACUACUACUACAUCAGCAGUGUUACUACUACAACAACAACACGGUUAAUACUACAACAACACUGUUACUACUACAACAGCAACACUGUUACUGUAACAUCAACAACAACAACGCACUGUUACAAAAACGCUGUUACAAUAUCCCACUUGCAACAAUAACACACUGUUAUAAAAACAACAACAAUAUACUGUUACAACAACAGCAACAUAUUGUUACAACAACAUACUGUUACAACAACAACAUACUGUUACAACAACAACAUACUGUUACAACAACAACAUACUGUUACAACAACAACAUACUGUUACAACAACAACAUACUGUUACAACAACAACAUACUGUUACAACAACAACAUACUGUUACAACAACAACAUACUGUUACAACAACAUACUGUUACAACAACAACAUACUGUUACAACAACAACAUUCUGAUACAACAACAUUCUGUUACAACAACAUUCUGAUACAACAACAUUCUGUUACAACAACAUACUGUUACAACAACAUACAGUUACAACAACAUAAUGUUACAACAACAUAUUGUUACAACAACAACAUACUGUUACAAUAAAAACACAUUGUUACAAUAACACCGUUACAAUAUCAUCACACUGUUGCAACAACACACUGUUGCAUCAACAACAGACUGUUAUAACAACAACACACUGUUGCAACAACAACACACUGUCACAACAAAAACACACUGUUACAACAACACUGUAACAACAGCAACAACACACGGUUACAGCACCAACACACUGUAACAACAACAACAAAAAUACACUAUAACAACAAAAAAUACAUUGUUACAACAACAACAACACUGGAAACACAGCAACAACAACACACGGUUACAGCACCAACACACUGUUACAACAUCAACAAACUGUCAAACAACCAACAUACUGUUGGAACACCAACAACACACUGUUACAACAACAACACACUAUUACAACAACAACAUACUAUUACAACAACAACAUACUAUUACAACAACAACACACUGUUACAACAACAACACACUGUUAAAUAAACACCAACAUCAACAAGUUCCACUUAUUCCACAGGCUAUAGAAGAGCUCGGUCUCUGAAUCUAUAAUAUAAAAACGCAUACCCGUUCUCUUUCCCACCUUUCAGCCUUCCGUUAGGCAACAGCUACCAGUUGGCGCUUGUGUUAGGAUUUCUCGAAUUCCAGGCAAAUGUUUUUCCACGCGACCUCAGUUGUGAUAUUCGGUACGAAGCCUCUGCAAUUCGAUCCUCAAUGUUCAAAUCGACUAUACGACGGUGUUGUAUGGUUUUAAGUCUCUUAGCAACAUUAUAAUAACCCAUAUCCGUUCUCUUUUCCACCUUCGAGCCAACCGUAAGGCAACCGCCACCAGUUGGCAUUUGCGUUAGGAUUUUUCCCAUCCGUUCUUGCAUCCGCGGCAUUUGUGUUUCACACUCAACCUCAAUUGUCGUACCCGAAUACGAUACGAAACCUUUGCAUUCCGAUUCUCUAUUGUCAUAUCGAGUAUACGACGAUGUUGCGAUCUGCUCCUACCAUUAAUCCAUCCCAUCAUGGUCAUAAGCAGGGUUACCAUUGUGCGAUUAAAGUCGGCAUUUCCGACCUUUUUAGAGUCAAAUUACCUUUUUACCAUCUUCUUUGUAAAAUUUUGCAUAAAUGUGCUAAGCCACUUUUAUACACUUGCAAUCUGUCUCAGUUCUUUGUUUCUGUGUUUUCUGUCUGUGUGAAUUCCCAGAUGUUUAUUCCCAUGACUUUCUGGUUGGAGCAACUACUUGGAUUCAUUCGAUAACCAAUCAACCUAGGAGGAUUAUUUCUCAAUGUUUCUAAUCACAAAGAAGUAAAGGUGAAAUCAUGACGGAUAGUCUCGUUGUUUGGUACUGAAUGGUUCGGAGACUUUCUUUACUUUAUUUACUAAUGAUCAGGCGGAGGCCACCAUAGCGCAGAGGUUAGCAUGUCCGCCUAUGACCUGGCGAGACCAUCAGAAACAUUUGUGAGGUACUAUGCCAUGAAAAACUUCUCUCCAAAGAUGUGUGUCACUGCGGCACGCCGUUCGGACUCGGCUAUAAAAAGCAGGCCCCUUAUUAUUGAGCUUAAACAUUUGAUUCGGAUUGCACUCAGUGAUAUAUGAGAAAUUUACCCCUGUUUCUUAGUGGAAUGUUCUUGGGCAAAAUUUGCAUUUGCAUUUUACUAACGAUCAAGUGCCAGAUAAUGUCACUCUGUAAUGGGUGCAAAUCGGUUUAGAUUUAGAUAUAACUCUACGUACAUACAUUAGCCAAAUUUCAUUUAUAGAACCGUAACAAGCCAACUUAUCAGCAAAAACAGGACUUCUUUAAUCCAAUUUGGAAAUUUCUUCCAAAAAAAAAAAAUGUUUCUAAAAGUCACGAACGCCCGAACUACUUACUUAGCUGUUUGUAUUAUUUUGUAAAGCUUUAAAUAAUCUUUCAAGUGCAAGAGGAAUUUGAAGAGGAACAGAGGAAAAUAAUCGUUCAUAGACGAAUUUUUGAGAAAACGACUUCUUUGUGCGACUUUUUUUUAAGAAUAAUCGCCUUUAGUACGACCUUUUCCAUUCGUCAUAAGUCUCUUAGCCGCCAUUGUUAUCUCGUACUUUAUCUGUAUGUCUAUGGGCCCAAUUUUCAAACUUGUCUGUAGAACCCUAGUCGGCGUGGUAUUCAUAGCACGUCUGUUGGAGCUGUUGUAGUCUUAUCAUUCAAUUGGCUUUUGUACAGCCAUUGCAACAUUUUGGAAUAAAGUUCCCAUUUAAAUCUAUGGCUUUCCUGAUUUGUCAGCAACAUUUAUGAUCAUUACCCCCGAACCAGUAUGUCAGAACCAUCUUGGGAUUCAGUUCCCCUAUUUAGAGCCUAUGGUUGUUGUUGUAGUAGCAGUGUGUGCUACACUGAGGCGGCAGCCCUUGCCGAUGAAGGAAUUCAUCGGGUCAAUCCGGUACAUACAACCGGCUGUUUAGUGAACAACAUCUAUGAGACUUCUUCGUUCGCUCGAAAAGUGGUAUAACCAGUUCAGUUUCUUGAUCAAGAUCACGCCCCGUCAGUAUGCCAGAAUUUGCCUGAUUACACCUUCGUAGUAGACCAUUUUGGGAUUCAAUCCCCAUUUUGAGCUUACGACUUUCCUGCUUAGUGACCCCAUCUUGAAGGUAUUACUACCAGUUGAGUUUCCUGGCCAAUAUAACCCCCAGCUGGCUUCGGCAUAACUUUUGGUCUUGGGCUUUAAAAUCUUUGUAAAUACUCCCAUGUUGAGUCAUUUGAUUGAACGAAUUUUGUCCUUUUUCUUUUUGAAGUAUUUUUUUGUUAAUUUUUUUUUGUUAUUUUUUUUUUUUUAUUUGCAUUUUUUGUUUUUUUUUAUUACAAUUUUUGUUGAUUUAUUUUUAAAAAUAUCCCAUUUGUCAUAAACAAAUAAAAAAUGUUUUUAUAACUAACAUUUUUAAUUACAUUUAGCCAAGUAAGUCGUAGUUUGUAGCUAUUUUUUUCUCGCUUUACAAAACGUACAAAUUUUUUGCAUUUUCUAUUUCGGAUAAUAUCGAUUUUAGGCAAAAUUCAUGAACCAUCCAAAAAACAAACAAACAAAAAUCUGCCAUAAAGUUUCCCCUCAGUCCUUCCCCCCACCCCCAUUUAAAUAAAAAAAGCUUUGCCCCGUUCCCAAAAACGAAGUAAACCAGCAAUUGCUGCAGUUUUCCAAUAAAAAUGCAUAUCGUGAACAAACUAAACAACAACAAAAACAAAACAAAAUUGGAGAAGGAUAGAGUGUUACCAAAAAAACAACAACAACGCGCUGCAAUAUGAAAAAAAAAAAUAUUCUAUAUAUUUUGAAAAUCAAAACUAAGGAAAGGAAACAUCAUUUUAGUUUUAAAACAAGGUUAUUAUUUUUUUUUUUUUUUUUUGCAAAAUUCACAUUACAUAUACAUAUACGUAGAUAUAUAAAAAAAAAUUAUAUAUAGAUUAUAGUGUUUUUUUUUUCUCUAUAUUUUCCCCUGCUAAAUCACUGUGUGUCUUUGAUUAAACUUUAGUUGUUAAACAACUUUGAUGUAAACUCAUUUUUACCAGAUAUUGUUUCCAUGAUUUAACUCUCUGUAAUUGAUAAAUCUUAAAAACAAAAAAAAAAAAAAACAUUGUUUAUUUAAUAACAAUUUGGAAAAAAACAAAAAAAAGGAAACUAUUGAUCCAUCCUCAUUAACACUUUAUAAAGAACAAAACACACA